UUUGUAGUCGGGGGUGGAAAGUAUGCUAAACUGUGGACCGGCGUUUUGCCAGCUCAGAGAAAGAAAGUGCCACGACUCCACAGACAGCGCAGAGACUGAAGGAAAGGUUUUUGGGAAGGCAAGGAAGAAGUUAAACCUGAAAAAGGAAAGAAAAGGAUCGAUAUCUUACCCUACUUUAACGUACUGCAGUUGUGUUCAGAGGAAGAUUUGGUUGAAGUGGUAAUCAUGGACAUCUAUGACCCCCAGACAUUAGGUGUUAUGGUUUUUGGUGGCUUUAUGGUCAUUUCUGCCAUUGGAAUUUUCCUGGUUUCCACCUUCUCCAUGAAGGAAACUUCUUAUGAAGAAGCAUUAGCAAAGCAGCGAAGGGAGCAGGAGAAAGCACAGCUGCCUAAAUCUGAGAAGAAGAAGAAAGAGAAGUCACUGGAUAAGAAGGGGAAAUCUAAAAAGAAAGAUGAUAAGCCAAAUGGUAAACUUCCCAGUUCAGAGGCUGCCCUAGACGUAUCUGAGACGGUGAGUGAAUCCGAACCAGAAAAUGCUGUGCCAGAACCAGUUGUUCCAGAGCCUCCAGUUACUAUUGUUCGUGCACCAGUUCAAGAGCAGCCAGCCCCUUCUCCCAAGGAUAAGAAAAAGAAGGAAAAGAAAGUAGCCAAAGUGGAGCCUGCCCCAAGCCCAGCCUCUGCCCCUGUCCAAGCCCAAGUGUCCAAGAAUGCCCCAGUACUUGAAGCUGUUGCCAAAGAGGUUCCUGUCAUGGCUGUUCCACCAGUAGGAGCUAAGCAAAGUGUGCUGCUGUCUACUUCGCCACCCACAAAAAAGGCUGAUGUCGUUACCAGUCAUGAAGAUGUAAAGCAAGAAAAGCAAGAAAUUGCUGCCAAAAAGAAGGCAGGCCCCAAGAAGAAGUCUGAAACCGCUUCUAUUGAUUCCUUGGAUAGUCCCAUCUACUUGCCCUUCAAAACCUUACUUUCCACGGUGAGCAGCAUGGUUUUCAGUGAGGGGGAAGCUCAACGCCUGAUUGAAAUCCUGACCGACAAAGCUGGCAUUGUGCAGGGCACCUGGCACACGGCCACCCAAAAGGGAGAUCCUGUUACAGCUUUGAAAAAGCAGUUGGAAGAGAAAGAGAAACUGUUGUCUGCAGAACAAGAAGAUGCUGCCGCAGCCAAAAAUAAGCUGCGUGAACUAACCAAGGAACUUAAUGUUGAGAGAAGCAAGGUGGCAGCAGCUGAAGCAAAAAUGAAAGAGCAGCUCACUGCUAAAGAGCAAGAGAUCAAGGCCAUGCAGGAUCGAAUGCAGGCCAGCUAUCAGGAUCAUGUCAAUGAAACUCAGCAGCUGCAGACCAAGAUACGUUCUCUCCAGGAGCAAUUAGAGAAUGGUCCCAAUGCCCAACUUGCCCGCCUUCAACAGGAGAACUCUAUUCUGAGGGAUGCUUUGAACCAAGCUACCAGCCAAAUGGAAAGCAAGCAAAAUGCUGAACUAGCUAAACUUAGGCAAGAAUGUACCAAACUAACCAAAGAUUUGGGUGAGAAAUCUGAUGCCUUCCAGAAAGAAGAGCAACAGAGGAAGGUGCUGGAAGCCAAGGCAGCUGCCUUUGAAAAACAAAUCGGCCAGCUUCAGUCUUCACAGCAGGAGACUGAGGCUACCCUACAAAAGAGGCUAGAUGAACUUGGGGAAGAACUCCGAAAAUCUCAAAGCCGAAACGCCAGCAUCCUGGCAGACCUGGAUAAUGCCAAGCAAGGGUUGUUGGGCCUUACUGAACUUCAGGCUAAGGUGGCUGCCACAGAAGUGGAGGUCAAGCUUAAGUCUGAAGAGGUGGGGAAUCUGCAGAACAAGCUGUCGGAGGCUGACAAAGAGAAAAAAGAGUUGGAAGAACGGAUUCGGACAAUAGAAGCUCUACUAGAGGCUGGCCACAGUAAAGAAGCUGAGAAAGACUAUGAAAUGGAGCGUGUCAGAGCAGAAGAACAAGAAUGUCUACAAAACAGCUUAAAGGAAAAAGAGACUCAGAUUUCAUAUAUGGAAAAAGAACUUCUUCAGUUGAAAGAAACAGUGGAAACGCAAAAAAAUAAAAAUAACGAUCUUCGUGAGAAAAACUGGAACGCAAUGGAGGCAUUGACUGCUGCAGAAAAAUCAAAUGAAGGAAAAUUGUGUGCAACCAAGGCAGCAAAGGAUCUCGCAGAACAGCAGCUCUGUAUGCUGCAGAAGGAGACGAGGGAAGUACUUCAGGUUCUCUUUCCACAAGUUUCUGUAGCUACAGACCAGCCCAACUGGCUAGAAGAAUUUAAACAAAAAGCACAGGAAAGCGUCAAUCAACAAAGUGCUACAGCCACAGAAUCAAUGGAAUUGGCACUUAAACUAAAAGAAGCUGAAGCAUCUCAAAGCACUUUACAGGCAGAAUGUGAGCAGUACAGAAAUGUUCUCGCAGAGACUGAGGGGAUGCUUAAAGACUUGCAAAAGAGUGUGGAGGAAGAGGAGCUUGUAUGGAAAGCAAAGCUUUCCGACUCUGAAGAUGAGCUGAAUAAGUUGAAGAUGCAGCUGUCGCUUGUGGAGGCCCAAUUAGAAAAGCAGCUGGAAUCUGCACAGUCUGAAUGCCAGAAUUACUCCGAUGAACUUGAAGCGUUAAGACACUUGCUUUGUGAAUCUCAGAGCCAGCUGGAAAUGGCCAAAUCAGAAGCACAGAAACAAACUGCAGAGCUUGCUUUGGUUAGGCAGCAUCUGGGUGAGAUGAAGAGUCGUGUAGAGGAUGGACAAGCAGUUGGGUCACAGACUGAUCAAACUGGACAGGUAACUGACAAGUUACAGUCGCAGCUAGAGAAAACUAUUGAAAAACUAAACCAUGAGCAUGUGCAGAAUCAGACACUGGCUGAAGAGUUUGAGCAGGCUCAGACAAUUGUGUCAAAUCUGCAAGCUGAGCUGGACUCGCUGAAAGCAGCUGGAGGUGCUGACCUUCCUAGUAGUGAAAAUAUAGCUCAACUAAAGAUUAGACUUGAAAAAGAAAAAAAGCUUUCCAAGGAUUUAGGACAGGCAGCUGUUAAACUACAACAACUUCUAAGAACCUCUCAGGAACAGCUUUACAAGGAGAAGGAAGUGGUGAAGAAGUUGCAAGAGCAGCUUGAGGGAAAGGCUGAAGGAGAGGAGUCUCUGGAAGGAACUUCUGUUUGAAGCCACUGGGAGCAGAAGACACUAAAUGACUUGCCAAGAUGCCUUACAAAAAAAAAAUUAAUUUUCAUACAUUCCUGAACUGUGCGCCCUGUAUAGAAGAGUAGGUAAUUAUCAAAAGGUGACCCCAACCUUUCACACUAAGGGAGAAGAGCUGCAGCUAUUUAUGUAGUUUACAGAAGUCACAUUCCGCCUGCGUCUCUGACUGUGUCGGAGCUUUAGCCAUUCUGUCUUUUGUUUAAAUGGAAGACCUUGAAUGUUCAGUGUUUGUGAAAAGGGAAUCUUAAGUGUACAUUUUUACUGUACAUUGACCAGUGCAAUUUCUGUAUUUGUUUUGUUUAAGAAAACAAAAGCAAGGCCUUGGGGGGGG